GCAUCUGUUCUCAAGUCUCAAUGUAGAAAGAUCACCGAGAGAGUGAGAAAGGGAGAAAGAGAGCUAAAAAACGCUGCGUUUCCACCUCCUCCUAACCUCUUCACCACCACCUCUUUUUACCUGCCAGAAACUCAAAGCCUUCGGAUUUAUAUAAUGGAUCUAGAGAAAGAAUCAAACCCACAAAACCAAAAUUCAACAAACUUCAGUGGGAGAAAUUGCAAAUGGUGGAUAAAAAUGGUGAUGUCUAUGGUGUUUGUGUUGGCUGGUCAAGCUUCAGCAACCCUUCUGGGAAGAUUGUAUUAUGCUAAAGGUGGACAAAGACAAUGGAUUGCAGCUUUUGUCCAAACUGUGGGUUUCCCAAUACUCCUUCCUUUUUAUCUUCUAUCUUCUUCUUCAUCCCCAAAUUCCACAACCAGUGGUAACACCACCAACCAAACAAAAUCACCCUCUUUCUUAGCCCUCACAAUGGUCUAUGCUAUUCUUGGUUUUCUUAUAGCUCUGAGCUCUUUCUUAUCCUCAUAUGGCCUUUCAUACCUCUCAGCUUCCACUUUCGCAAUCAUUUUUGCAUCCCAAUUGGGUUUCACAGCUCUUUUUUCAUUUUUCUUAAAUUCCCAAAAAUUCACUCCUUUCAUUAUCAAUUCCUUAAUCCUCCUCACAAUCUCCUCUGUCCUCCUUGCUUUUCAACCAAGUUCCUCAUCACUCGCCGGGGUUUCAAAAGCAAAGCAUGCAAUUGGGUUCAUUUGCACUGUUCUUGCUGCAGCAGGGACAGCACUCAGUCUUGCUCUCUCACAGUUCUUCUUCAGGAAAAUUAUCAAAAAGGAAAAUUUUUCAGCUGUUUUGGACAUGAUUUUCUUUGAGUCAUUCUUUGCGAGCUGUAUGAUUUUGAUUGGGCUUUUUGCUAGUGGUGAGUGGAAGGGGCUGCGCGGAGAAAUGGAAGGGUAUGAAUUGGGGAAAGUUUCCUAUGUAAUGACUCUUACAUGGACUGCAAUUUCUUGGCAACUUUUCCAAAUUGGUGCAGUGGGGCUGAUAUUUGAAGUAUCUUCUCUGUUCUGCAAUGUUAUGAGUGCUUUGGGAUUGCCUCUGAUUCAAGUAUUUGCCGUGAUCAUUUUCCAUGACAAAAUGGAUGGUCUAAAGGUUGUGGCAAUGAUUUUGGCCAUUUGGGGAUUUGUUUCUUAUAUUUAUCAGCACUAUAUUGAUGAGCACAAGUCCAAGACUAGUAAUAGUACUGAAAAUAAUGCAAAUGCUAAUGGAGUCGUAGUUACAAAACCUCCUGUGUGAUAUUUAGUAGGUCAUCAGAAAUGAAUAACAUGCAGUAGAAAUGGGUAUUUCUUACCCUUUUUUUUUUUCAAAGAGGUCGUUUUCUCUUGGUUGGUAGAUGCUUUAUAUACCAGCCAUCAUAUGUAAUUAAGGAAAGUAUUUGACAAAGUUUUUGACUAAUAUCAUCUUAAUCAUUGAAUCAAAAUAUUUAAAAAAUGUGUAAA